AUGGAGGAGAUCGCAUGGAUCUACUCAUCCUGCAGGCCAGGUGGAGAGGCUUGGAUCAAUCGCUACCGCAAGCAGCUGGUGAGGUCCAUCUCGCCGCAGUUCCUGGAGGAGAUCAUUUGCUACCUGCGGAGGCUGGACCUCCUCACGGCGGAGGAGGCCGGCCGGGCGCAGGAGGCGAGCUCCCUGCCCGAGCAGGUGAGGGCGGUGGUGGACGUCCUGGCUGGCAAGGGCAGCUACGCCUCCCAGUCCCUGCAGACCUUCAUCGAGACCACCAAUUCCCAGCUCUACCCUCUCUGUGCAGAACCCAUGGUGCAGAAGCACCUGGAGAGCCUCCAAAGCUACUAUGGGAAUGGCUUGGAGACGGGUCCCCUGCAGCGACUCACGAACCUGCUGCUGGUGGAAGGCUUGACCGAUAUCCAGCAGAAGGAGCACGACAUCCUGCAGAUUGAAGCCACCAAAGGCCUACGAAAUGUAUCCAAGAGCAUCCCUCUGGAGAAGCUCUUCCUGCCUCUCUCCAAGGUCAGCAUCCCACCUCGGAUCUCUGUCACCAUCGGAGUGGCCGGGAUUGGCAAAAGCACACUGGUGAAGCUGUUUGUCUACACCUGGGCAAAGGGGGAGAUCAACAGGGACAUCAUCUUUGUGCUGCCCUUCACCUUCCGGGAGCUCAACACCUACGAGAAGCUCUCUGCCGAGAAGCUCAUCUGCUCGGCGUUCCCUCACAUCACCGAGCCGAACUGCAUCUCGGCGGGGGUCCUCGACGGCUUGGAUGAGUUCAAGACUCCUUUGGAUUUUUCCAACACGGUAGUAUGCACUGAUCCCAAAAAAGAGAUCCAAGUGGACAACCUGAUCACCAACAUUAUACGUGGCAACCUGCUGCAGGAGGCUUCUGUCUGGGUCACGUCGCGGCCAACAGCAGCCAGGCAAAUCCCCGGCGGGCUUGUGGACCGGAUGACGGAAAUACGAGGUUUCAGAGCUGCAGAGAUGAAGGACUUCUUGGACCAGAUGUUCCUUGACAACAGAGACCUAUCCAACCAAGUCCUGCAUCACAUCAGGGCUAACAGGUCGUUACACGGCAUGUGCACCGUUCCUGGCUUUUGCUGGAUUUCUGGCUCCUCAAUCGCUUAUUACCUAAAAAAUAGCACCGACCAAUCCCAAGAAACAACCGCCGUCCCCAAGACCCUAUCAGAAAUCUACUCCUAUUAUUUUAAAAUGGCUCUGAGCAGUGACCGGCCGGAAAAGCCGAGAGAAACACUCAGGAUCGAGCAGGCUGUGAACAACAGCAAGAAGAUAGUGGGCAGCCUGGGCAGACUGGCUUUCUACGGGCUGCUCAAAAAGAAAUACGUGUUUUACGAGCAGGACAUGAAAGCGUACGGCAUUGACCUUUCCUUGCUGCAGAGCAGCUUGUGCAGUCGACUCCUACUCAAAGAAGAGAUGCAGUCCUUCACAGCUUACUACUUCUCCCACUUAACCAUACAGGAAUUUCUAGCGGCUAUUUAUUAUUACACGGCUGCGAAGCGGGCAAUAUUUGACCUCUUCACGGAGAGCGGGAUGUCCUGGCCCAAGUUGGGUUUCCUCAACCACUUCAAGAGUGCCGUUCAGAGGUCGCUGCAGGCAGAGGACAGGCAGCUGGACAUCUUUGUGCGUUUUCUCUCUGGGCUCCUCUCCCCGCAGGUGAACAAGCUGCUCUCUGGGUGGCUGCUGCUGAAGGACGAGCACAACAGCUUCAGGAGCCAAGCGAUCAGCUUCCUCCAGGGCUGCCUGAACACUGACUACGUCAUCUCCUCGCGGACAGUGAACACCAUGCACUGCCUGUACGAAAUUCAGCACAUGGAGAUCGCUAAGACUGUGGAAGAAGCAAUGAAGAACGAGAGCUUGGCCGGGAUGCUCACCCCCGUGAACUGCUCUGCCCUGGCUUAUCUCCUGCAGGUCUCCGAUGCCUGCAUGGAGGAGACAAACCUCUCCAACUGCCUCACCUACAACGUCUGUAAGAGCCUGCUCUCCCAGCUCCUCUUCUGCCACAACCUCAGGCUGGACAAUAACCAGUUUAAGGACAACGUGAUGGAGCUGCUGGGCAGCGUGCUGAGUGUGAAGGACUGCCAGAUCCAGAAGCUCAGCCUGGCAGAAAAUCAGAUCAGCAAUAAGGGAGCCAAAGCGUUGGCCAGGUCGCUGAUGGUGAACAGGAGCCUGACGGCGCUGGACCUGCGGAGCAACUCCAUCGGCCCCACCGGAGCAAAAGCACUGGCUGAUGCGCUUAAAAAAAAUCAAGUCCUGCUCUCCCUGAACCUGCAGCACAACAUCAUCAAGGAGGACGGUGCCACCUUCCUGGCCGAGGCCCUGUUGACCAACCACAGGCUGACGACCCUGCACCUGCAGAAAAACGCCAUCGGAGCCCACGGUGCCAGGAAAAUAGCAGAGGCGCUGAAGCAGAACUGCAGCCUGAAGGAGCUGACUCUGCAAAGCCUUGAUCUCCAGAGCAACUCCAUCAGCAGCGCUGGGGUGGCCGCGCUGACAGCAGCUCUCUGCUCCAACAAGGGACUCAUCAACCUCAACCUGCGGGAGAACUCCAUCAGCAAGGAGGGGGGCCCCGCCAUCGCCCAUGCCCUGCGGACCAACAGCACCCUGAGGAAGCUGGACUUAGCGGCGAACCUGCUGUACGACGACGGCGGCAAGGCCAUUGCUUUGGCGAUGAAAGAGAACCGGGCGCUCACGUCCCUCCACUUGCAGUGGAACUUCAUCCAGGCAAAAGCUGCCGCGGCCCUGGCACAAGCACUACGGUCCAACAGCAGCCUGGCCAGCCUCGACUUGCAGGAGAACGCCAUCGGAGACGAGGGAAUGGCCGCCCUCUCCGCUGCACUGAAGGUCAACACAACCCUGGCAGAUCUCCACCUGCAGGUGGCUUCAGUUGGCGCAGCUGGUGCUCAAGCCCUGGCAGAAGCCUUGAUGGUCAACAAGAGCCUGCAGAUCCUGGACUUGCGGGGAAACUCCAUUGGCGUGGCAGGAGCCAAGGCGAUGGCCAACGCGCUGAAGGUGAACCGCAGCCUCCGCUGGCUUAACCUGCAGGAAAACUCCCUGGGCAUGGACGGAGCCAUCUGCAUCGCCACCGCUCUGAAGGGCAAUCACGGCCUCACCUAUGUGAACCUGCAGGGGAACCGCAUCGGCCAGUCAGGAGCCAAGAUGAUCUCCGACGCUAUCCGGACAAACUCCCCCGACUGCAUCGUGGACGUGUGA